AUGGAGAAUAAGCGAAAGUCGAGCAUUGCUAAUGGCGACAAUGUGCCUGGCACUCCGGAUCGCGCCGCAAAGCGUCGGAGACUUGAAGAGGAAUUCGGCGAUUUAUCCAAAGGAGAGUCAGCAGAAUCUACCACAGCUUAUGGACUGAACAUGCUCGAGACCAUUCGUGCUACUACGGAUAAAAAUGGUCGUGCAGUUGCUCCUAUAUUCGAAAAGCUCCCUAGCAAAACGUCAGACCCAGACUACUACAAGAAAGUCCGACUACCAUUGUCCCUCGAGUUACUCGAGAAGAAGCUCAAGAACCAUGGAUACCCCAACCUAUCGACACUGGAAAGUGACUUUAAACGUCUCGUACAGAAUGCCAAGGAGAUCAACCCGCGCACGUCGGAGGUCUUCAAUGAUGCCGAGCGCAUCCGUAAAGCAGUCAGCAAUUUGAUGGUCAAGACAAAUCCUGCGUACAAGGCCGGAAACUAUCAGGCUGUACCUACACCUCUUCCACCUAGCCCCGGCAAGGAAGGCGGUGGUGAUGAGGAGGAAGAAGAGGACGAGGAGGAGGAAGAACAAGAAGAAGAAGAUGCUCCUGGCGAGGAAGAAGACGUGGAUAUGUCCGACGCAAAGGCUGAAGCUGAAGAGGAGAGGGAGGAGGAGGAGGAAGAAGAAGAAGAAGAUGAUGAUGAAGAGGUUGAGCCAGAGCCAACGCCCGUCAAGCGGGGCCGAAGAGCAGGGCGUCUUUCACGAAGUGCAGCAGCUCCGACACCCAAAGCAUCGCGAUCGUCAUCAGCACAGGUCAUUGACCAGGUGGGCUUCAAGGGACUGACUUUCCAGCAAGCUCAGGAAAAGAUCAUCGCAGAUACAAUGCAAAAGACGGAUCAAGAUGAUUAUCUUUAUUUCCAACCCUUCAUCAAUCUGCCUCCUCGCAGUCUCAAAGACUAUUAUGAGAUCAUUGCAGAGCCGCUUUCGCUAAAGGGCCUCCAGAAGCAGGUCCGCGGGCAGCGUGGUAGGAACGACGCUACCGGCGUAAGCGACUUCAAGAGUUGGUCACAGUUUGAGGAUCAGGCCAGCCUCUUGUGGAAGAAUGCUUAUCACUACAAUGAGGAUGGAAGCGAGAUUUCUGAACUAGCCAAGGAACUUGAGACAUAUUUCAAAGGGUUACUCAAGGAGGCAAAGCAACAUGUUCCAGAGCCCCCGCAGCCAAAGAUCAAGCUCAAGGUCCCUCAGAACACGCAGACACCUUCACAUUCAAAGAAGAUCACAAUUCAUGUUGCUGGAGGCAAGGAUAGCGCAACUGGAUCACCGGCUCCGGCAACAGCUACUCCGACAGAAGGUGAGACGACUCGUACCGGAACUCCAGUGGCACGAAACCCGUUCAGCGGGCCCGCUGCUGCCAACCAUAGCCAACUGGACAAGACCCGGAGCAUGUCCGCAUCGGCAGUUCCGCCCAGUCCCUCCGUCGCCGGUGUCGUCAAGCCUGAGGAUGCUACCCGUCAAUCCCCUGCAAUACUGCCACCCGGUCCUGCCAUGAUCACGCAGCAACAAUUUGCGCCUGUGGUGCAGCCGGUUCCGAAUGGCGUCGUUGCACCCCCGGCCCCGCCGCCGCCCCCACCGAAGCUCACUCCCGCCGAAAUCCUUGAAGGUCAGAAAUACCGACCACACGCAAUCAAGCCGUGCGAAACCCUGAUCAACCGCUUUACCAUCAAGUCGCAUCCGGCGCUUGCCGUGGAUAACCCUCUGGACAUCACUAUUGCUGGAAGCACUACUGAGAUGGUGCAAGAAGUCAUCAUGAACUGCCCUUCAACAUACUUUCGCCUGCAACUUCAGCCCCAUGUUGCACAAUUCUUGGAAGAACAGCAGCGCGAGUGGAGGCUCAAUGUCACUCACAAUUAUCAGCGCUUGUACCCAUCGCACCAUCCGCCAACCGACAAGCGCCAUUUACCUGUCUUCGAGGUGACGCUACACUAUGGAGUGAAUCGCUUCGAGGUGUCUCUUCUAGCAGCCCGGCCCAAGGGAGACAGAGGCUCUGAUGAUCUAGACAUGGACUUGGAGAAGAUCGUCGUACACUUCAACCUGCUCAAGCAUCAGUAA